GCUGCAUAAUUACCAUGCAGCCAAAUCUUUAUCAGACCUUUAAAGGGUCAUAGUUUGUUAGUGACGUGCUCCAUCCAUGGCGUUAAAGUGUGGCGCCCCGCAGCGAGCUGUCACUCCAGCGGACUCCGAGGCUGCCGCUCCCCCGGUUAAGACCCCCAGAGUUCGCUUGGUUUUCCGCCUCUGGCGCACUCUCAGGGCGGCGGUCGGGGUCCUUUUUUCCAGGUUUUCCGCAUCUUUUCAAGGAUCAAGGCGAUCAAUGCAAAUGCACUCCGUUGAUGCGCGGUCUGUCAGUCCAUUACACGAAAAGCCUGGAGAGAUCCCAUGUCGUGAGAAGAAGUCUUCGUCUCGCUUUUGGUUCCAGGUCCUGGUUCUUUUCGGUCUGCUGGUUAUUUUUUUGUGCUAUAGCCUAAGCAGCAACUCACUGUUUCUGUGGGAAGGUUUUUCUCUUUUUGCCCAAGCUCAGCGGGUUUAUGCCCCCUCUUACUGGGUCCAUCCAAAUCACAGAGUCAUACUAAAUGCAUUUCAUAAAAACACAGAAUCUCCGGCUCUGCAGCAUGAAGGUCUUCAGUACCAUCAAGCUUUCCCACAAAACUACCAGUUUGUUAUGGACAACGCUGAGGUGUGCAAGAACAACACACCUUUCCUGGUCCUGAUGGUUCCUGUGGAGCCGGAAAACGUUGCGGCUCGGGAUGCGAUCCGCCAGACGUGGGGCAAAGACAGAAUGGUUCAGGAUAAGGUGGUACUCACUCUGUUUAUGCUGGGUCUCAGCGGAGGAGGUGAUGUCGAGGAGCUCAGACAGGAGAACGAGCAGCACCACGACCUGAUCCAGAGCAACUUUAUGGACACGUAUCUCAACCUGACCAUUAAAACCAUGGUGAUCAUGGACUGGCUGGCCACACGCUGCCCCACAGCGGCCUACGCCAUGAAGGUGGACUCCGACAUGUUCCUGAACAUUGAUAACCUGGUGAUCAUGCUGAAGAUGCCGGGGAUUCCUGAAAUAAACUACAUGACAGGAAGGCUUAUGUGGAAUGUGCCAGUUAUCCGGUCAAAGGACUCCAAGUGGUACGUUCCCGAGGAGCUUUACCCCUAUCCUCAGUAUCCGACAUACCCUCUGGGGAUGGGAUACGUCUUUUCCAAUGAUCUUCCUGCAAAGUUUGUGGAGGUCUCAAAAUUUGUCAAGCCUUUUAAUAUAGAGGAUGCUUAUAUCGGGGAGUGCCUUAAAAAGCUCGGACUUUCACUUACAUCUCCACCGGAUUCCUCCCAGUUUAAGACUUACAUUACAAUAUAUGAUCGCUGUGAGUUCUCUCAGGUUAUUACAUACAUUCUUGGUUCUUCAGAACAAUUAAUAAAUUAUUGGAUAGAUUAUAAGAGGCCGGGACCUCAUUGUUAGGCACCCAGCAUAAAUACAGUUAGAAAUGUAUGGAGGUUUUACUUUCUUUUAUUAUAAUUUCUGUUGUUUACACUAGAAUCUUUUGUUUAAGGAAAUGUUUACUUAAAUUCUGAAAUGCGUUAUCUCUAAAGAUGGGAAUUUAUGUUUUUUUUGUUGUUGUUUUUUUUAUAUGUUAAAUCCCAUUUUGGAAACCAAUUCCUGACAAAGAGGGCAGUAUUGAAACGUGGAUUAAAUCCACUCUGGAGAGAAAUUCUUUUGGUUUUUUUUCUUACUUGUUGAUCCAUAUCAGAUUUGUGUUUAUAAAAAAUAUUUGCAACUGCUGUGUUUAGCAAAAAGUUAAAACUAAUCAGGGUUAUCUUGUAAUUUGCAGAAGCAUUCAUACGUCUGCCUGUUUUCCACAUUUGUUUAUGUAAAAACAACAAAUGUGAAUAUAUUUUUCUAUCUGACUGAUCUUGAGCUAUUUUUAAAGAGCAAUAAGUGACAUUUCGCCACUAGGUGGGCUGUCGAGCACUGACUGUAGACCAAAACAAGAUGUAUGACAACCCGUACCUUCAUCCCUCUUGCCUCUCCCCUUCUCAGCAUCACUUGUCGGAGAACCAUGUCUAUUGAAGAAGUAAUGCAUAACUUUAUAAUGCUGUUAGCAAGACAAUGUUUCGAUCUGCUCAACGUGUUCCCCGCCAUUUUGCUUCUACGCUACACUGCUCUGACGGCCACAUUUUAUGGGCAGGGAGGGACUAAGCCCUCAGUGGCAGCUGCUCACAAAGAUGUACAUGCAGGUGCGGUCGGCCUGGCUUUGUAAACAAUCGACUCCAGAUCAGCACCGAGAGAUGGUGUGUAACGUCAUACCAUAUUCCAUUUAACAAGAUACCUUUGGUUCUUCACAUCCCCAUUUUUUAAGUUCUUUUUAUCUAAAAUAAUACAAUUUUGCUUAUUGCUCCUUUAAAUAAGAAUUGGCAUUUUUUUUUAGAUGUGAGCUACUAUCUGGUAGAGGUGUACCCUAAAACGUUUGCUGCAAUAAUUGCAGAGAAAGCUGGUUCUGCAAACUAAUGAAAGUGGCUGAAUACAAAUGUAUGCCACACGUUUGUAAAACAAACUUGAUUAUAUGUUUUAUUGUUACCUUUUCAAGACACUAAGUAUGCAUUGGACAUGUGAGAUCAAAAUCUGGGUCAUGUCAUAACGCUCACUAUUAUUUCCUUUGAAUGUAGGAAUGACGGAUAUAGCAAAAAAUAUGGUAUUGUAAUUUUUUUCCUGUAAAAUAAUCACAUUUUUAUUACAAGUUGCAUUUGUUUUCAUGAAGAACAAAGCAAUCACAAGAGAAGAACAAAGAAGAAAUCUUUAUUAGUCAUUGCAAUUGUACAUUCCAACAAAAUGUGUCUCUUGCAUUUAACCUUAGGGAACAGUGGGGAGCUUAAAGCGGCCAGGGAGAAGGCUGGGGCUAAGCACGUUGCUCUAAAACUAAGCUACCGUUUUCCCGAAAACAUUUGGGCCAAGAAACAUUUUGAACCGAUUGCAUGUGUUUGUGAAAUUUUUACCAAGUGUGAUUGAGUACAAUUGAAAUGUGAUAUUUAAGACCCUCAGUACUUAAAUACCCUCAGUCUGAUACUGUUUGACCUAUAGCUUAAUAACUAUCUUUAAAAGCAAAGCAAGAAUUGCAACCUUCAGGAGAGAUGCACUCUCACUGUAUAAAAGUUCUAACAUAAACUAAAUAAAAAACCCUAAUACAUUACCACAUUACCAAACAAUAUUAAUGUGCAGAAAGAGCAUUUUAGACAAUAUCACAGUUUGUCUGCUUUGGCAGACUGACAUUUAUGUUUUUAAAGAUUUAUUUUUUAUAUAUUUUUAUAUAUUUUUAUUUAACCAAGUAUGUCAAGUGACAACAGGUUCUCAUUUACAGCAGUAAUCUUUCCACAAGGCAGCAGAAAUGGGCAAAUAAUACACACCGAAUCAAAUUACAUGAAAACAUCCCAUCUCACACUUUUUUUUUUUAAAAGAUAAUCUCAAAAGGAAUCAUUUGUAAAGAGUGAGUUUCUCAGCACAGCUGAAAAUGUCUAAAACAUUAGGGUCUGGUAUCAUAUCAUUCACCCCUUGUAGGAAAAAAAUAAAAUAAAAUUUGUAUGCUAGUUAAAAA